UAAUAUAAUAAUAUAAUAUAAUAAUGAUAUUAUAAUAUAAUAAUGAUAUUAUAACUAGCAUAAGUUCACCCAAGGAUGACAAAAAAGGGGAAGUCACAGGUGCCAUGUCAAGAGAAAGAUUUGUUGAUGGUUUGGGAUGUUCUGCAUCCUGUUGGUACUCCUUUCUUAUUAGCUGAUUUCUCUGGUAUGUCUAUACCAGGGCUGGCUGUCUUGCUCAUUGUUGUAGUGAUUCUGUGGGGGUUUGAGGCUGGGGACAACAAUUAGAAUCCCAACAAUAGUAUAAGUAACAUAAGUUCACCCAAGGACCGCAAAACAAAGGAAGUUUGAAGGUGCCACAUUGGGAAAAGUCCUUUCUGCCCUUUGUGGUACACCACAUUCUGUGCUACUUUUAUUGGAUGAUUUCUGUCUUAUGUUUAUAGCACCUGAUGUGGUUAUAGUAUAUGCUGAUCUGCUUGUUGAUUAUAGGAUUAUAGGAAAAGUUCAAGCUGGCUGGAGGCAACAAUUAGAAUCUCAUGAAAAGCAUCCAGCAGUACUGCCUCCUUGCCCCUAGCACUCAUGUUGGACCCAGGCACCAAAGCUCCUGCAUUUCUAUCUCACUUCUUUCGGAGUCUUCAGAGCCCCCUGCCAGGGGGAUGAAUCCCAGACUGGAUUUUAUUUCCCUGACUCAGAGUCCCCCUGCUCAUUUUCUGUGGCUCUAUCCCAGAACCCUCUCCAUUCUUAACCUAAGCAAACUAUCCUUCCUCCUCAAGAAGUCAGUAUGUAGCCCAGAUAUUCCCUUUCCCUCUCCCUCUACUUCUCUCUCUCUUCCCUUCUUUCUCUUCACCCCCCCGCCCCCCCUCUUGCAACAGAGUUCCAGUUGAAGGGAAAGUUCUGACUCAGGGACCAUUGAGGCUCUAACUAGUCUCUUGCCAUCCCAGAUCCCAAGCCCCUUCUGUCUUUUGGGUCUCAGUAGGAAAAUGGAGGUAUGGAGUUGGGUAGAAGAAAGAGUAAGAGAGGGUGACACCAUCUCAUUUCCAACCCUGACCCUGCCUGCUGCCUCCCUUUUAACCUAGGUUGGAGUCUCUCCUCUGAGGGCAAACCCAGGGACUUUAUAACUCCUGUGGAAUCUCUCCCUCCACAAAUCCCUGUUGGACAGCCUCCUGCCUAGGAAGAGAAAGGAAGGAAGUUUCACUUUCUGGGAUCCUUCUCCCUCUCCAGCUCUCACUCUGCAGAGGACCAAAACCUGGCCCAAGCAGGGAGCCCAGAGCCAGAGGGAAUGGCCCCUGGGAACCACAGACCCCCACCCCAGGAGUUGGUGACAUUCAAGGAUGUGGCUGUAGAUUUCUCCCCAGAGGAGUGGGGUCUGUUGGACCAUGCUAAGAAAGAACUGUACAAAGAUGUCAUGCUGGAGAAUGCUCAGAAUUUACUCUCCCUGGGGCUUCCAGUUCCCAGAGAAUAUUUGAUCUCCCAUUUUGAGCAAGAAGGCCUGAGGAGCUCCUGUACAGAUUCAGAGACCAGAUUUGAUGUGAAGGAAUCAACUGGAAAGCUGAAAGUAUUCUCAUGGAAUGACUAUUCUCAAUAUAGUCAGUGCAGUGCUGGUCAUGCUAAUCAUCAAAGAACUCACACUGGAGAGAAACGUUAUGAAUGUAAUCAAUGUAAAAAGACUUUCAGAAUGAGCUUCCAUCUAACUACACAUCAGAGAAUCCACACUGGAGAGAAACCUCAUGAAUGUAAUCAUUGUGGAAAGACUUUCACACAGCGUUCCAGUCUUUAUGUGCAUCAAAGAAUCCACACUGGAGAGAAACCUUAUGAAUGUUAUCAUUGUGGAAAGACUUUCACACAGCUCUCCAGUCUUGCUGAACAUCAGAGAAUCCACACUGGAGAAAAACCUUAUGAAUGUAAUCAGUGUGGAAAGACUUUCAGAAUUAGCUCCCAUCUUGUUGUACAUCAGAGAAUCCAUACAGGCGAGAAACCUUAUGAAUGUAAUCAUUGUGGAAAGGCUUUCUCACAGCACUCUGGUCUUGCUGAACAUCGGAGAAUCCACACUGGAGAGAAACCUUAUGGAUGUAAUCAAUGUGGCAAGACUUUCAGAAGUAGCUCCCAUCUUGUUGUUCAUCAGAGAAUCCAUACAGGAGAGAAACCUUAUGAAUGUAAUCAAUGUGGAAAGGCCUUCAGAUGCCGCUUCACUCUUUGUAGACAUCAGAGAAUUCACACUGGAGAGAAACUUUUUGAAUGUAAUCAAUGUGGAAAGACUUUUACCUGCACAUCACAUCUUUUUAAACAUCAGAGAAGUCACAAUGUAGAGAAACCUUAUGAGUGUAAUCCAUGUGAAAGACUCCCACACAGUCCUCCAGUCUUGCUUGAACAUCAGAGAAUCCACAAUGGAGAGGAUUCUUAUGAAUGUAAUCAAGAGGGAAAGACUUUCAGAAAGAGCUCCCAUCUUGUACAUCAGAGAAUUCGCACUGGAGAGAAACCUUAUGAAUGCAGUCAAUGUGGGAAGGCUUUCCGAUGCCUUUCCACUCUUUAUACACAUCAGCUAAUCCACAGUGGAAUAAAACCUUUUGAAUGUUAUCAAUGUGGAAAGACUUUCAGGUGUACAUCAUAUCUUUUUAAACAUCAGAUGAUACACACUGGAGAGAAACCUUUUAAAUGUAAUCAAUGUGAAAAGACUUUCACAAGGAGCUCCAGUGUUACUUAUCAUCAGAGAAUCCACACUAGAGAGAAACUUCUUAACUGUCUGGAGUAUGGGAAAACUUUUAAGGUACACUCUCAUCUUACUAAACAAUAGAAAGUCCAUACUAGAGGAAAUACUUCAUUAAUGUAAUAGAUGUGGAAAAUCACCCAGACUAGAGUUACCUCUUAUAUAGAAAUCACAUCUCUGUAAUGCACAUGUAAAGACAUUCAAAUGUAGUGUGGAGCUUAUUAGACAUCAGAAACUUCAUCUUGGGAACAAACCCUAUAUGGACACAUUAUGGGAAAACCUUUGGCCAGAGAUCAUCUCAGAGAUUCAUAGUAGAGAGAAGGCUUUGGAAUAUAUUCAAUGAGAACCUGCCUUUUCCUGGAAGAUGAAUGUCACUAGACAUUCACAUUGGAAGGAAGCCUUAUAAAAGCAGUACUUAUGGGGAAGGCUUUCACCUAAAGCUUGUAUAUGUAUGUACACUGGAAAAACCUUGCUUGGGAUAAAACUUAUGGAUCUAAUUAAUAUGGGAACCUUUCCUAAAGCAUAAAUUUUUCAUUAGACAUCCCAAAUUUCAUAUUGUGUAUAAAGAUUAAAUUAUCUUACAGUGGAUUAAAUAUUUCUCUGAAAUUCUAAGGUUUCUCAUUAUUCUUUUAUAAUAUUCUUCUAUGGCAUUUUCAUAACAUAACCUCCUUUUGUUUUUUUGAGGCAGUUGGGGUUAAGUGACUUGCCCAAAGUCACACAGCUAGUUAGUGUGAAACUAUAUUUGAAAUUGCUACCUCUUGGCUCCAGAGCUGGUGAUCUUUCCACUGUGCCAGUUAGCUAUCUUUCCUCCCACUCCCACAGUGGCAUAAGUUCUGCCAUUUCCCAGUCAAUUGGUACUCACUGUUUUUCUUGAUGUUAGCUGACAAAAUAUUUUGUUAUCUGUUGGACUUUUUUGACAAUUACAUGUAAAA